AUGAGGACCAGCAGCCUCCUCUUCGCCGCCGUCGCCAUCGCCAUCGCCGUCGCCGCCAUCUUCGCCGCGGCCGCGGCGGCGGACACCGUCGGGUCAUGGCAGACGGUCGACGUCAACGACCCGCACGUCCAGGAGCUCGGCCGGUGGGCGGUGGCGGCGACGGGCCUGCCCGGGCUCACGUUCGACAGGGUGACCGACGGCGAGAAGCAGGUGGUCGCCGGCGUCAGCUACCGGCUCACCCUGGAGGCGUCGAGCAGCGGCGCCAAGGACGGCAGGUACGAGGCGGUGGUGUACGAGCAGGCGGGCGGGAGCAACUCGCGCAAGCUCGUCUCCUUCGAGCCCAUCCACUGA